ACGGGCGGGUGACCCGGAGAAGAAAUUUAUAACGGGUCGAAUCUCUACUUCAACUUCUUUGGAUGUUUUUGUUUUUGAAGAGCAAUACGAUUUCAACAAAAUAAUAAUAUUAGUAAAAGCCCUGGUUGAAAAACACAAAACUACUUUAGGAUUAAGAUUAAACAAUUUGACAUCAUUUAUUCCUCGUCAGUAUGACACUUCAGAUCUUUCAAAUAAUCUAAUAGAAGAGAUAAAAUUAGCAAAUGCUGCUUCGACUUCCUUAGAUAUUUGUGAAAAUAAAAUAUCUGGGUCUAACUUA